CACUGCAUCAUGUGGGGUGGCGAUAAAAGGGGGUGUUGUAAUGGAUUUGAUAGCAUUCCAAGGCCGGGCAAUGACGACUCGUUAAUCUAAUAGGUGUCCAAUCUCUUAUAUUUUGUUUACGCGAAGUCCGUUCACUGUUUACCCGCUCAGUCUGCACUCGCCGGUUAUCAGCCAUCGGUUAUCAGCCCGGAGAAGCUAUGAAUUCCCGCUCCCUCGCUGAUAACAUGGUUAUAAGCUAUCUCUGUGUGCGUGUGUGACUUGUAGACCCAGUAGCUUCAUUCGCUCAUUGAUCGGUGGUCACUCGACGCGGAAAGUUGUUAGGAAAAGCGCGGAGAAAAUGGCAGAAUCCACAUCUUCGGGAAUAAAGCGGGUAUUGUCCAUCCAGAGCCAUGUGGUGCACGGAUAUGUGGGAAACAAGGUGGCCACCUAUCCAUUGCAGUUGCUGGGCUUCGAUGUGGACCCACUGAACUCGGUCCAGUUCUCCAACCAUACCGGCUAUAAGACCUUCAAGGGUCCCGUUUCCAACGAGAAGGAAUUGGCCACCAUUUUCGAGGGUCUGGAGGAGAACGAGCUGCUGCCGCUCUACUCGCAUCUGUUGACCGGCUACAUUGGGAAUCCCCUAUUCCUGCGACAGGUGGGCCACAUUGUGAAGAAGCUGCGACAGGCUAAUCCCGGCCUGGUGUACGUCUGUGAUCCCGUGAUGGGCGACAAUGGGCAGCUGUAUGUGCCCAAGGAGCUGCUUCCAGUGUAUCGGGAUGAGAUCAUUCCCUUGGCAGACAUCCUCACUCCAAACCAAUACGAAGUGGAGCUGCUCACAGAGAAGGAGGUUCGCAGCGAGGCGGCCGUUUGGGAGGCAAUGGAUUGGUUCCACAAGCGUGGCAUCAAAACGGUGGUCAUCUCCAGCAGUGAUCUUGGCCAGCCCGGCGUUUUGCGGGCCUUCCUGAGCCAGGUGAACGGACCCCGUUUGGCCAUCGAUAUUCCGAAGCAGGGCGGCAAGGAUCUGGUCUUCACCGGCACCGGGGAUCUCUUCGCCUCCCUCUUCCUGGCCCACAGUCAUGACAGCAAGGAUAUGGCCAGUGUCUUUGAGAAAACCAUCGCCAGUUUGCAGGCGGUGAUCAAACGCACGGUGGCCGCCUUGCCGAAUGGUGGAAACGGUCCCGUGAAGGCAGCCGAACGGGAACUGAAGCUGGUGCAGUCCAAGACGGAGAUCGAACAGCCCCAGGUGCUCCUCAAGGCGCAGCGGCUUAACUAG